AUGGAGAGUUUGCUUAGUACUUUCUACAGAGGUGCUUUGCCCAAGUUUAGAAGUCAGCUUGAUACUGCUAGCAAUGGUUUCUUCUUGGGAAGAAGUGAAGCAGAUGCUUUGGAGCUUGUAGAGAACAUGACUAAGAAUGAUUCAGUCUACAGUGAUGAGCAUGAUAGAAGCAACAGAGGCAGUGGAGGUGAUGAUACAAACACCAAGAGACAGUUAAAGGCUCUACAAGAAAAGAUGGAUAUGAUUCUCUUGGAUAGAGCUAAACAAGAGAAGGUGAACUUUGUUGGUGAGAAGAAACAAGAAGAGAUUGUUGUGCUUAAUGAAGUUGAUGGUCUAGAAGGUCAAGAAGAGUUGUGCUUUAUGAAUGCUAAUGGGACAUGUGGUUACCAAGCUAGACAAAACUAUUCUCAAGGCUUCCUCUCCAAAGGAAAUCAGUCUACACAAGGUCAAGCCAACUCUUCUACCUCUACUACACAAGAGAGUAGCACUGAUACAAUGCUGAAACAAAUCUUGGAGUCUCAAACUAGAAGUGAGAAGCACAUUAGAUAUGAGCUGAAGAGCCUUCACACCAAAGUUGAUGUAAGCUACAAUGAUCUCAACAACAAGUUCUCAAACCUUGCUUCCAACUUCAAAGCUUUGGAGAACCAGUUUGAUUCAAUGAGUAGUAAUUCCAAAUGUCCUAUGGGAUCACUUCCCGGAACUUCUGAGCAAAACCCCAAGGAGACAAUGAAAUCCAUCACCCUAAGGAGUGAUAAACAAUUGCCUCCUAGAACUCUCAUUAGGGAUAAUGAGAAGCAAGAUGGGGAGGUGGUCAUCAAUGUGGAUGAUGAUAUGGUUAUUGUGGAUGAGAAAACCAAUGAAGAGAUCUUGGAGAAGAUAGUUGAAGCUAAAGGGAAAGAAAAGGUUGGAGAAGAGAAGAAGGUUGUGAACAAAAAUGAAGCUUCUACUUCAUCAAAAGGAGCUCCAUUCAUUCCUCCUCCAUAUGAAGCAAAACUUCCCUUCCCUGGUAGAUUCAAGAGACAACUUUUGGAGCAAUGCAAAGCCUUGUUUGAGAAGCAAAUGAGUGAGGUUCAGAUUACCAUGCCCAUUAUUGAUGCCUUCAUGCUACGGUUAACCAUCCCCAAGAAGCUUGAAGAUCCAGGAAGCUUCACUCUACCUUGUGCCAUUGGGCAAUUGGCUUUUGAGAAGUGUCUAUGUGAUUUGGGAGCAAGUGUGAGCGUUAUGCCUCCCUCCAUUGCUAAAAGGCUUGGGUUUACACAAUACAAGAAGUGUAGACUCUCUCUUGUGCUAGCUGAUCGCUCAGUGAAGAUUCCCAUUGGUAUCCUAGAAGAUCUCCCUGUUAUGGUUGGAAAUUGUGAGAUUACUACAGAUUUUGUGGUGUUGGAGAUGGAUGAAGAACCAACAGAUCCUUUGAUAUUGGGGAGACCUUUCUUGGCUACAGCAGGAGCUGUUGUGAAUGUUAAGGAAGGGAAGAUUGAUCUUCAUCUUGGAAAAGGGAACAUCCUGCAUUUUGAUAUCAAGAAGGUGAUGAAUACGCCCACUACCCAAAGCCAAGCAUUCUACAUUGAGGAGAUGGAAGCUUUACCUGAAGAGUAUUUGGAGGAAUUAGCUAUUGAGGACUCUCUUCAACUUGCCCUAACAGUUGAUAGAGAGACUCAAUUGAUUGAAGAUGAGGAGAGUGCAAGGUAUGUGAGGAUGCUAGACUGCCACAAGGAGAAAAGUGGAAAAGACAACUUCAUAGAGCUUCCACAAGAAGUUCAUCAUGCUGCCACAGUUGAUCAAUAA